ACAUCAGGAUCUCUGCAUCUAUUUUUAUAAUUGCUCCAAAAAAAUUAUAUAAUUAAAAUCGGGCAAUUUUACGGUUUAGUUCGGUUUAAUUUUGGUGAAUUUACAAAUGCGCAGAGAGAGAGAGGAAGGAACAAAAGAGAGUCGCCUGACCGGAGAGAGAAGUGAAGUCUAGAUCUCUCUUCUUCUACAACCAAGGUUGGUCCGUCACCGGCGAAAGGCGGAAAUCCUCUUCUCCGACGUUAUAAUGCCGUUCAAGACGGUGAUGGAAGUGGAGCCUCCGAGUCUGUUACGUUACUUGAUCGGAUCGGCGGUGAUGAUGAUCGGCGUCGUAUUACCACUCGGUUACAUGAUGUUCCGCAACAAGCGCGUCCCUUCCUCGUCUUCCUACUCUAAACAGACGUAGGAACAAAGUUUUGAUUUAGAAAGCUUAGAGACUGCAGUGAAUUCAAACUGGAUUGACAAGGAUGAUGACAUAUUGAGUGAUAUGGACAUGAUUGUUCUUGUUUCUGACAUGGGAUUGUAAAAGAUCUUUCGAUAUUAGAUUUAAAUAAAUCAAGAAAUGUGAGGUCCUUUUUCUCGUCAAUCUUCUUUGUUUGAUUCUAUUUGUGCAACAUAACCAUUUAUCUUUGGUUGAAAGAUUGUAUAAGAUUUUUUAAGUUUAGUGGAUAAUGCCAUGUACGCAUUCCUGUUUC